AGAAGAAAGAUGAAAAACAAAAACUCGACAACAAGAUAAUAAUACCUUCUUCUUUCUCUCUCACUCUAGGGUUUCUCAAUUCCCCUAAUUCCCAAAAUCUCUAGAGAUCUCAAAAUACCCAAAUCAAAAUCAAUCAUGGGUGAUAAUCAAAUCCCCCCACCAACCCCAUCUUCUUCAUCUGAGAAUAGAUCAUCUAUUAGCAGAAGGCCACCAUUUUCAUCAUCAACAUCAUCAGAAUUAAAUCUUCCACCAAAUAUGUCAAGAAGUUCACUUUCUUUAGAAAACCCUUCGUUUUCUUCGUCCAAUUCUUCACACAUUGAUCGUAUGGUAGGAGUAGGUUAUCAUCCAUCACCGUCAAGAACAAUUUAUAGUGAUAGAUUUAUACCAAGUAGAUCUGGAUCAAAUUUUGCACUUUUUGAUUUAUCUCCGUCGUCAGCAGCGUCUUCGAGUUCUGGGGCAGGGGCGGAAGGUGGUGGUGGUAGUGGCGGUGGAGAUGGGGCUGGUACUUAUGCUAAUUUAUUAAAAAGUGUUUUAUUUGGUCCUGAUUCUGGUGUUGUUUCACCAUUAACACCUGAAAAGACUUCAACUUUAGAUGGCAGAAGUAUUCAAUUAAGUCCACCAAGUAGAAAUAUUUUUAGGUAUAAGACUGAAACUAGACAGUCUAUGUAUUCAUUGUCUCCAUUUGGGUUUGAUGAUGCUUUGCCUGGUGUAAUUCCAUCCCCGGCUAAGGCGCCACGGAAAGUACCCAGAUCCCCUUAUAAGGUUUUGGAUGCUCCUGCUUUACAAGAUGAUUUUUAUCUAAAUCUUGUUGAUUGGUCUCCGAAUAAUGUAUUGGCUGUUGGAUUGGGUAAUUGUGUGUAUUUGUGGAAUGCUUGCAGUAGUAAGGUAACUAAAUUAUGUGACUUGGGAGUGGAUGAUAGUGUUUGCUCAGUUGGAUGGGCAAACCGUGGGACACACCUUGCCGUCGGAACUAAUAACGGAAAAGUCCAGAUUUGGGAUGCAUCACGCUGUAGGAGGGUAAGGACUAUGGAAGGCCAUCGAUUACGUGUUGGCGCUCUUGCAUGGAGUUCAUCUGUAUUAUCUUCAGGUAGCCGUGACAAGAGUAUUCUCCAACGUGAUAUUCGUGCUCAAGAAGAUUUUGUUAGCAAGCUCAGUGGUCACAAGUCAGAGGUUUGUGGAUUGAAGUGGUCUUAUGACAACCGCGAAUUAGCAUCUGGUGGGAAUGAUAACAGGCUAUUUGUUUGGAAUCAACAUUCGACGCAACCGGUGUUGAAAUACUGUGAGCACACUGCUGCUGUAAAAGCAAUUGCAUGGUCGCCACAUUUACAUGGACUUCUUGCAUCCGGUGGUGGUACUGCAGAUAGAUGCAUUCGUUUUUGGAAUACAACUACAAAUUCACACCUCAGUUGCAUGGACACUGGGAGUCAGGUUUGUAAUCUUGUGUGGUCUAAAAAUGUCAACGAACUAGUCAGCACCCAUGGUUAUUCCCAGAACCAGAUUAUUGUUUGGAGAUAUCCUACCAUGUCAAAGCUGGCGACCCUUACUGGUCAUACAUACAGGGUCCUAUAUCUUGCCAUUUCCCCUGAUGGACAGACAAUUGUUACAGGAGCAGGCGAUGAAACACUUCGGUUCUGGAAUGUAUUUCCUUCUCCAAAAUCUCAAAACUCUGAUAGCGAAAUAGGAGCAUCUUCUCUUGGCAGAACUCAAAUCAGGUGACCCUAUAGUACCACUGACAUGUUUAGCUACUGCAGCAAGAAAAAUCCUUGAUCCUGAAAGAACAAGGAAAACAGAUACAAGCCCGGACAAAAGAAAAGAAUAAUUAGGAGGAUUACACGUUAAUAGAGAAUUAGGCCAUGAUUACGCAGAGGAGGAACCAAAAUAGUUUUGAGAAGGAAGAAAACGGCGAAACAGAAUAAUGGGGUUAGAUAUUUUUUUUGCUUCUUUUGGAUGAAUGCGAUUUCUUUUCUUUUAUCAUUAUUUGUUUUCUUCUUCUCAAUGUUUUCCUUUAUUUCCCACAGAGGUAUAGAUGUAUAGUGGGGGAGAUGUUGAACAAACAUUCCCUUGGCAUUAUUUUGUAUAAUCGCCAUAGCAUAUAUACUGGUAUUCACCAUACUAACUGUUUGAUGAAUGAACCACUAUUUAUGUAACAUGGUAUCCCUCAUCUUCUUUAUUUGUAAAUAUCAACAUAUUAUAUCAUUCAUUCAUAUUCUCUAAACAUUUCUUUA